GCCCUGCCGUCCGCCCUCGCCCCGCGCAGCCACCAUGGGCAACGUGUUGGCCGCCAGCUCGCCGCCCGCGCCGGCCCUCGUGGGGCUGCCGCCGCCGCCGCCCGCGCCGCCGGGCUUCACGCUGCCGCCGCUCGGAAGCGGCCUGAGCGCCGGGGCCAGCGCGGGCCGAGGCGCCGAGCGGCCCUCCGGACCUGCCCCGUCCUCCCCGGGGGCCGCGGACGACGGGGCCUGCGGCUGCCUGCCCAACCCCGGCACGUUCGAGGAGUGCCACCGGAAGUGCAAGGAGCUGUUUCCCAUUCAGAUGGAAGGGGUCAAGCUCACAGUCAACAAGGGUUUGAGUAACCACUUCCAGGUCAACCACACAGUUGCUCUCAGCACAAUCGGGGAGUCCAACUACCACUUCGGGGUCACGUACGUGGGGACCAAGCAGCUGAGUCCCACGGAGGCGUUCCCUGUGCUGGUGGGGGACAUGGACAACAGUGGCAGCCUUAAUGCUCAGGUCAUCCAUCAGCUGGGCCCCGGGCUCAGGUCCAAGGUGGCCAUCCAGACCCAGCAGUCGAAGUUUGUGAACUGGCAAGUAGACGGGGAAUACCGGGGGUCUGACUUCACCGCAGCCGUGACCUUGGGUAACCCUGAUGUGUUGGUGGGCUCAGGAAUCCUCGUGGCCCACUACCUGCAGAGCAUCACACCGAGCCUGGCCCUGGGCGGAGAGCUGGUCUACCACCGGCGGCCCGGGGAGGAGGGCACCGUCAUGUCCCUGGCUGGCAAAUACACACUGAACAACUGGUUGGCAACAGUCACACUGGGCCAGGCAGGCAUGCACGCGACAUAUUACCACAAGGCCAGCGAGCAGCUGCAGGUGGGCGUGGAGUUUGAGGCCAGCACCAGGCUGCAGGACACCAGCGUCUCCUUCGGGUACCAGCUGGACCUGCCCAAGGCCAACCUGCUCUUCCGAGGCUCCGUGGACAGCAACUGGAUCGUGGGCGCCACGCUGGAGAAGAAGCUCCCACCGCUGCCCCUGACGCUGGCCCUCGGCGCCUUCCUGAACCACCGCAAGAACAAGUUCCAGUGCGGCUUCGGCCUCACCAUCGGCUGAGUGCCCGGACCCGCCUCGGCCCGCUCUCUUCCCGCCCUCCUGGGGUCGGGGGCCGUGGCAAGGAGGGGCCCAGGCCCGGGCUGGCAGCCGAAGAGGGGACUUUGUAACUGGGGGCCGUGUCGGGGUCUGACCGUGAGGCAGUGUGCCUGGUGGGCCUGGGAUCCCAGAGGGGAUUCCGGAGGCAAGCGCUGGAGGAAGCGGCGGCCUGGCCACCACCUUGGGGAGCAGCAGCCUGGCCACCAGUGUCCCCUGAAGGCCCUGGCUGGGCCACCCGGGAGGCCACAAGAGGAGCUUUCCCGUUCCUGAUCAGUCCUCCCCGCCCAUCCCCCCACCCCCGUCUAUCCCUCGGUAUAAAUCAUGUUUAUAAGUUAUGGAAGAACCGGGACAUUUUACAGAAAAACAAACAAACAACAAAAAAAAAUACACAUGGA